AUGAUUUCAUGGAAGGAUCUUUACACCGUCUUGACGGCGGUUAUUCCUCUUUAUGUCGCUAUGAUUUUGGCUUACGGUUCUGUUCGGUGGUGGAAGAUUUUCACGCCCGAUCAAUGCUCUGGAAUCAACCGUUUCGUUGCCAUUUUCGCUGUUCCUCUUCUCUCCUUCCAUUUCAUUUCUUCCAAUGAUCCUUACGCUAUGAACUUCCGGUUCAUCGCUGCAGAUACACUUCAGAAGAUCAUCAUGCUGUUCUUUCUUGGGAUUUGGACUAAUCUCACUAAGAAUGGGAGUCUAGAAUGGAUGAUUACUAUUUUCUCCCUAUCCACGCUUCCGAACACGCUAGUCAUGGGGAUUCCUUUACUGAUUGCUAUGUACGGUGAUUACAGUGGGAGUCUGAUGGUGCAGGUGGUGGUGUUGCAGUGCAUUAUUUGGUAUACGCUUUUGCUUUUUCUGUUCGAGUAUCGUGGUGCGAAGAUUCUCAUCAUGGAGCAGUUUCCCGAGACGGCUGCUUCGAUUGUGUCGUUUAAAGUUGAUUCGGACGUGGUUUCGCUGGAUGGCAGGGAUUUUCUCGAGACUGAUGCUGAAAUUGGGGACGACGGAAAGCUUCACGUGACGGUAAGGAAAUCUAAUGCUUCUCGACGAUCUCUCGGUCCUUGUUCGCUUCCGGGAUUAACGCCUAGGCCUUCUAAUCUCACUGGUGCUGAGAUUUACAGCUUGAGUUCCUCUCGAAACCCUACUCCUCGAGGCUCGAAUUUCAACCACUCAGAUUUCUACUCUAUGAUGGGAUUUCAAGGCCGAUUGUCUAAUUUCGGACCUGGAGAUUUGUAUUCGGUUCAAUCCUCCAGAGGUCCGACUCCCAGGCCGUCCAAUUUCGAGGAGAACUCUGCCGUUCAGCCUCAGACCGCAUCCCCGAGGUUCGGGUUUUACCCCGCUCAAACUGUGCCCUCCUCUUAUCCGGCUCCCAACCCGGAAUUCACCAAAACUGCUAAAAUCCCUCAGCCACCGCCUCCUCCUCCGCCGCCGCAACCGCAGAAUCCAAAAGCGAACCAUGACGCCAAGGAGCUUCACAUGUUUGUUUGGAGCUCGAGCGCUUCUCCAGUCUCUGAAGGCCGCGGUGGGCUCAACAAUCUCGCCGGGAAUGAGCUCGCUGGAGCCGAGCAAUCUGGACGGUCCGAUCAAGGCGCCAAGGAAAUACGGAUGCUCGUGGCCGAUCAUCAACAACAAAACGGGGAAAACAAAGCUGUUCCAGAGAGUGAGGGCUAUGGGGGUGAAGCCUUUAGUUUCAGCGGCAAAGAAGGGGAAGAGGAAAGAGAUGAUCAGAAAGAGGGACCCACAGGCUCCACCGGCGAACUCCACGGGAAAGUUUCGGCCGGAGCUCCGGACGGCGGGAACUCCAAACUAAUGCCGCCGGCGAGCGUAAUGACCCGUCUGAUUCUGAUCAUGGUGUGGCGGAAGCUGAUCAGAAACCCCAACACAUAUUCAAGCCUCAUCGGACUAAUCUGGUCGCUCAUUUCUUUCCGGUGGCAUGUGGCCAUGCCCAAAAUAAUAGAGAAAUCAAUCUCCAUACUCUCUGAUGCAGGACUUGGAAUGGCUAUGUUUAGCUUAGGUAUAUUUAUGGGACUACAACCAAAGAUGAUAGCAUGUGGGAACUCUGUUGCUGCUUUUGCGAUGGCCAUUAGAUUCCUUACUGGGCCAGCCGUUAUGGCCAUUGCUUCCAUCGCUAUUGGCUUGCGUGGAACCCUCCUCCGUGUUGCUAUUGUGCAGGCGGCACUGCCCCAAGGAAUUGUACCCUUCGUGUUUGCUAAAGAGUACAACGUUCAUCCAGCAAUUCUGAGCACUGGGGUGAUCUUUGGCAUGCUCAUAGCUCUGCCCAUUACUUUACUCUACUAUGUUCUUCUGGGUCUGUAAAUUUUUCAAGUUCAAAUGGAUUUCCUUCAUAUCAUAUUUCUUAAUGAUUUUGAGACGAAGACGACGAAGAUCAUAGGGUUAUUAUAUAGAAGAAGUUUGACAAAAGUUGAGAGAGAGAGAAGCCUCAAAUGUUUGAAAAAGGCCGAAGUAAAGGCGUUGAUCGUGCAGUUGGUUGCCAUUUUGGGUGUAAAUUUGAGACUCGAGUGGGAGGCCAAUAGCCAAUAGCCAAUAGCCAAUAGGGGGAUUUGAAGAGGUUUGUUAAUUAGAUAUUAGCAAUUAUUUUGCGUUUGUCGUCUUCUCUCUUUUUCGGGUAUGUAGCUUUAUAAUCUUUUAUAUUUUAGGGCUGCUGAUUAUGUUUCCAUUUUGUCACCUUCCCCUUUGUUCAUACAAACAUUUUUAAGAAUGUAUUAAUGUUUCAGACCACUUCAUCAUAA